AUGGAAGAACACAAUGAGUUGCCGACAACGUCACGAGGAAACGAUGAUUUUAUCGACCAAAUUCCAUCACAUUUUCUCGUCGAGCUCACCUCACUGGAUGAGUUGGCAUUUCCCGCAAAUUCCACAAAACGGGUUAAGUACACAUGCGUUGCGAGUACAUCGAAAUCAUUGUGUCUUGGAACAUCCACUGGAUCUGUCUACAUAUUCUCAAGAUAUGCUGCAAAAUCCAGAUCAAGAGCUAGUUCACCAGUCCCUGUUCAAGUGUUUACAACAAGAGACGGACAGAUUAGUACGAUCUCAGUAAGCCCAUCAGAAGAGCUAAUGGCAAUCGGAGGUGACAGUGGACGUGUUUCAAUUGCUCAAUUAAAUAAUGGACAGCCUCCAACUCUAGUAUAUUCAACACCUGGAGAUGCCCGUUCACCGGAUAGAGUGAUGGCAUUAACAUGGUCACCCGAUAUGAAAACUGUUUAUUCUGGACAUUCAUCCGGGUCAUUGCAUUGCCAUAGAUUGACGAACCGAUCUGUUUUUCGUGCGGCACAUCAAAAACUGACAAAAUUCGAUGGAGAAAUUGUGCAAUUAGAUACGCUACAAUCGCACGUACUCGUCGCCACAUCACUAGCAUCCCAUCUUUAUCAUGCAGAAACUGGAACAAUACAGCAAGUGGGCAAAAAAGUUCGAACUUCUCCAUCACCACUCGGUGCUUGCUAUAUUCAAGACAUAGAUGGUGUUAGUGGUGGUGGAAGUGCAUUCAUUGUGGCAGCUAGGCCAAAUGGAAGGCUGUGGGAAGCGAAUUUAGUUGGAGUAGUCUACAGAACUCAUCAAUAUCGUCAAUCUGGUCAGAUUCCUCGUGCACCACCAAUUUCUUUUCGUACUCCAUUUCCCACUGAUUCACUACAGUUCGAUGGCCUUCACCCUGAUAAUCAAGAUGUUUCUAUUCACAAAAUUCAUGUUAUCCGCGUUGAAAACGGGCGUCUUCUUAUCGUUUCGACGUGUGGUUCCAGAAUAUGUAUUGUAGAAAUGGAAACGUCACGUGUAAUUUUGUCAUCUGAGUUAGAAUUUGAGAUUUUGGAUGUAUCCACAUGUUCGAAUGAUGUGUUCGUUUUGUUGGCAGAUUCUAAAGGAUUGAGGAAAUUCAGUGUAUUUGAGAGGCUGAAAUGCGUGGAGAAGUUGAACUUAAAAGGAUUUUUCGGACAGAGUGCCCAAACGAUUCUAUUCUGUGCUUCUCAUGUCUCGUUCCCAUCUCCAAUAAUUACCAAAACGAUCGAAGGACUUCUGACAAUGUCACGCAAAAAAGAAACUGAAAGACUCCAAGGACUUCUUCAGAAGAUUCUGGAUGAUAGAAAAGCAUCACAAUCUAUGUACGAUAAUAUGGAAGAAUUAGAGAGAAGAGAAUCACUUAAAGGAAAAAGGAAACGUGACGAGAAACCAGAAGAGAAUAUGUCAAAGAAGUUGCCAAGUGGAGUGCAUAGGGUGCUUCAAACUGCCCAGUGUAGUGGUUACGACGAUGAUUUCUCGUUCUCAACGCCUCAAGCUCUCCGUGAAAGAAGCCGAAGCUCUCCAUGCGGACCAGAAUCUCCAACGCCUCCAAAUCAACCAAUUAUUGAAAAACGAGCAUCAGAACCUUCCAGUUUAGAAAUUCGGCAGGAGUUUUGGAGAAAAAAUGGAACACCAGACGUCGUUGAGGAAGACAUUCUAAACAGAGCACGUCUGAUUUUAGAGGAAAACUCAGAGAAGUUGAUAGAAAAAGAAUCACUUCGAACUCUUUUACAAUUAGAAGGAAUCAAACGAGAUGAGAUUCGUUUUACGCCUACAGUAACUAUUGGAAAUGCAGCUAAAGCUCUGGCUGAAUUAGCUAUGGCGGUUCCAGUAGAUUUAUCUACAAUCUGGAACAGCAAAGAUGUAGAAGAAAAAUCUACGUCAUCAGAAAAAUCAGAGAAGUCUUUAUCUACGAAAAAACCGACAAUUGUGAAAGUAGUUAGACCUGGAAUUCGACCAAACACUCAACAUAAAAAAGAGAAACCUGUGGCUACAGUAUCCCCAAGAUCUGUGAAUGAUGACGUCAUUGAGGAUACUUCUGAAGACGUGGCAUCUAAUAAUGUGACACCGAUUUCGGAAGAAAUGAGACGGAAACAAGAUGAGAUGUGGUUGGAUUUAAGGCUCUCACAUAUCAAAAAACAAUCUAAUCCUCAUUCUCAUGCCGGCACUCCUACAGAAACUGUUCCGAAAUCGGAUACGGACUACACUCUCACUACGGAUUCGGACGGUCCCACACCUUCAGGAAUAUGGACUAAUCCAUUGGAUGAGGAAGAAGAAACAGACAACGUUAAAACUCCAACGUCUUCCUCAACUAUGUCAUCAGAAUUCAAUUGUUCAACAUGUGGAAUGCAUAAAUCGUGGGCCGCUGCAUCUCUUCUGAUGGCUGUUUGUAGUAGUGGCGAAGUUAUUCGAGAUGAUUUCCGUCGGCACGCUUCCAUUCCUCAAUCCUUAGGAGACUGGGAGAAAUUACUUCGUCAUGUGGCAAUGAUAGAUAGCAAAGAUAAUUUAUCCUCGAUUUGCCCGCGAUGUGAAAUGUCAUUGAGUACAGUAGAUCGUGUUUGUAUAGAAGGUUGGAGAAGUGGAAUGGUUGAAGAAGGUGUCAGACCAAACUUCACACGAAUUUUCGAGAGAUGUAUGAAUUCUUCAAAAGAGAAGUUUGAGACUAUUGUUGCGAGAAGAGAAGAUACUGAAGGAUUGAGAGUUUUUAAGAACAUCGAAAAACUGGAAGAAAUUUCUAUAAAAACAAUCGAAAGAGCCACGAACUCAAAUCAUUUCUCUACUAAAGCUGUGAGAAGCCCAUCAGAAAACAGUUUAGUCUCUAUUGAAGCUUGCUCAAAAAUCGAUUUCUCGAAUCCUGAUUGUCUUCGAUGGAUUCCAGCAGUUCCUCUCAAAACCUUGUUAGCUUUAGCUGUUUUCACAAUUGGAAAGAAGGCGGUUAUUCAAAUAAUAUCUGCGGAUCAUCAAUGGAUUGCAAAACGGAUGAAACCACAAGAUUGGUGUUCGAUUGUAGUUAUCGGAGCAAGAGAAUUCGUGUUCAAAGAUUUGUUGGGUGGAAAGACAAUAGCUUCCGUCUUUGAUUCUGUCGGCGCUUCUGAAUGGGUGACUCCCCGAAAAAAGAAAAAUGCUCCAAUCCCUUCACGAAAAAUGUCCCCCAUUUCGAUAAAUUCAACACAAAGUUCGGGAAAUUCUACGGCAACGAUUACUAGUUGGAUAGUUGAUACCAAUGGAAAAUGCCCAAUGUGUACGUUGCCAAUAAAGAUGAUUGUCGGUAAAACGGAUCGGGGUGUUAUCUCAUAUUUCUGUGGCCACGUAUUUCAUAAGAUGUGUCUGGCUGAUCGAUAUACUACGGGAUGUAUAGCAUGUCAAUCUAAAGCACGAAAGGCUGUUAUGGCUGCAAGAUCUGGAUCAUCAGCCACUUCUACACCAACCGCCUCUCCAAUUAUGUCGCCACGUCACCAAAGAGUGGGAUAG